UGAUAUUUACAUGGAGUUAGUCAGCCAGCCACCAGUCUGCAGCGGCCACCAACAGCCUGCAGUGACCUACUUUCCGCCUCCAUAGCUUCUACUCCUGUGAGAGCCUCACUAGCUGAUCACUGCACAGUCCUUCAGCAACAUGGCUUGAUCUUUGGAUGUUCACAGAUGCAACACAUCACACAUCAUUGCAGAUGACAGGAAUGAACAACUGAUUUGUAAUGACCCUUGUUUGGUGGGAGCACAGUGUCAACUUGGUACAUACCAGACUCAUGUUGGAACUCUUGCUGUUAUUUGUUUUGGAACGUUCCCUCAGAAACAGAUGAAGUACCUUCCGAUCAGAAAUCUGCAGAAACUGGUAGCCAGGAUGCAUUGAAUGGCUCAUCAGAGGAUGACCUUGCACUGAUAAACUUUGUGGGUAUGAAGAUGGGGGAUGGGAUUGACAAGACAACUGAUCCAGGAGAUGACAGUGAACCAAAGGAAUUGGAAAAUAAUCCAACCAAUGGCACGCCACAUAUUGAUCAUCUAGCUAAAAUUGACCAAUCAAAGCCCACAAAAGAAGACAUGUUGAAGAGGGAGUCCCGAGCCAAGCUGUCUCCUGGGAGGCUGCAGACCGGGGGAGACAAACCUCACAAUUACCCUAUUGUCACCAGUCUCCACAAAGUGCAACUUAAUAUCAAUCUUUCCGAGAAUGAAGUCAACGAUGGGACCGAUUCUGGGAUAUCUUGUUUGUCAAAUUGUGAUUCCAAGAGCUCUGAGUCCACAAAUGAUGCUUUGUCUACAGACAAUAAUGCAGCUCUAGAAACAGAAAGAACUGACCUCACAAAUGGUGCUGGAGAAGAAACAAAGGUAGACUCAGAAAUAACAUUAAAGCUUUCUGCCAAUUCAAGUGUUUCAAAUUCAUCUAAAGACAAUUUAGGAAAACUGAGUGUUUCAAAAACAUUGCCGAAAGCUCGAAAAUCUGUUCAAUCAUCAGCUAAAACUUCCAUAAAGACUGUCAACUUAGCACCUAUAACUAACAGAACUGUCAAACUGGCUGACCUAGAAAGUGCUUUAAAAUGUGAUAAGGUUAUAGAAUCUGAUUCCAUGAGAAAGGACGGCAGUGAAGAAGAUCUCAUGAACAAUAAUAAUGAUUCUGCAGGGGAAAGUCGAACUGAUGAGAAAGGUGGAAUGAAGGUAAAGAAGAAGAGGAAGUUUAAGGCAGGAAACUACAGUUUCCCAGGCCAAAAGAAAAAGAAGAAGUAUUUAAAGAAAAUGGAUGAUAGUUUAGACAAUAGUUGUAACCACAGUGUGAGCAGCAAUGCUAGUUUAGAUGAUAUGGAUGGAUACGACGACCGAGUGGACAAUGAUGACAUUUUCAAUAGCAGCACAGAAUGUCCACCAAAGGGGAACACCAGUGCCACUGAUGUUAUGGCUGUUCUCUCACAGAAUUCCCAUUUAGCUUUCAAGGCAGCAGCAAAGACAAAAAUAACCGCUCGGAAAAAAAUUAGGACUUCUACAUCUCCUCAUGCGAAAAGUGUCAUGGAUAUGCUGAACUCAUUGCGGAAAUCACAAAAUAACAGGCAGCAAGAAGAUAGUGAUGCAAAGGGGAAUCUAUCAGAUAGAGCAGAUACAUCAGAUUCACUAGAUGGAGACAAACAUGAUUGUAUUGAUGGGGAGGAAGAAUCAGUUGAGUUCAGAAAGAGUCUCAGGAAAAGGAAAACACAAGAGGAUACAGAGCAGUGUGAAGCCACGACCACAACGAUACCGGCAGAGGCUGCUGACUCAGGUGACACUGCCAACUCCUUGUCAGGUAAGAAGAGGAAGACAGAGGAGGGUGUGGAAUGUCCAAUCACACCCGUCGUCACCAUUGUGUCUGAACAUCAGCCAACCCCUGUUGGCCUCAAGUCUUUAUUACCAAGGAGUGUGACCAUCCCCACUAGUCAUCCCAACACAGAUACACCCACCCCUGGCUUUGGGAAAAGUGCCAAAUACAUGUCCUCACCAUUGGCGCUUCUGUCCAGCCAGUUGGCAGCUAGUAGGAGUGUCAACACUGUGCCCAAACCAUGUGGCCCUAAAAACUCUGAAGCAUUACGUGCCCUGCUAGUGUCUGGGUCCCCCUCCUAUCUCCCACCUCGAGGUCCUGCAAGCAUCACUGCAAUGCCAGUGUUAGGCCAGGUAAAGCGGGAGGGCAAUGCUGACUGCUUUAAUGGCGAGAAGAUUGUGGCUCCACAUGGCCGAGAGACCAAGGUUGCAUCAACUCCCAAUGGUCUUUGUUACCCUGUGACCCCACCUAAAACUCCAGAAGACGGAACUGCAUGUGAUAACUCAUCCCGCCCACCAUCUUGUCCUACCCCCAAACCACCUGCAUACACUUAUACCUCGGCCAUGGGUAUAUCCCCAGACAAGGACAUCAUCCCUUUGUGCUGCUGUAAGAUCAAUGGUGCUUCUUUCAACAAACUGACAUCAGGUGUGACCUACUGUCAGGCUCUGGACUCUGUGGAUGGCAAGGUAAUGGGUUGCUGCAACAAGGUGAGCAACAAUCAACUUGUGCGGCCUGCAGUCAAGAUCCCUUUCAUGGCAGUAUGCGAGGCCCAUCGCAAGCGGCUUAAGUUGCAUCAGUGCUGCCCAGGCUGUGGACAUUUCUGCACACAGGGCAAGUUUUACCAGUGUCGGAAGGAGGGUGGUACAUCGGUGCACAGUUUUCACAAGCUGUGCCAGGUGUUGAAGGAUGGCAAGUACUACUGCCCUCAUUGUGGGGAAGAGUCCGCCCAAAUGGAAAUCUGUUUGGGCUACAGUGAUGCCCCACAGCCCAUGGCCAUUCCAGAAAACAAGAGCUCUUCCAGGAGGGCAGUAUACAAGACAAAGCCAACAUUUGUGUAUCCUCAACUUAAGGGGAAGGAGAAUGAGGACACAGACAUAGUGCCGCCUGUGACACACACUCUUCCAUCAGCAAAGACCUUAUCUUCAGAGGGGCUCCCCUUGGGUCCGUCCCGGCACCACCUGGAGAAGAUGCUGGUCAGCCUCACAGAAGAAAGGCCAAAGAAGUACAGGAAUUUAUCAAAGAGCAUGUACAUGCCAGCCUACGAGGGAGACUUGGAAAAACUGCUCUAUAUGCUGAUUGAUGGUGUGGAUCCAAACUAUCAGUACGAGGAGUACGACGACGAGACUGCGCUUCACGGGGCAGCUGCUAGUGGUCAUCUGGCCAUUGUCCACAUCCUUAUCCAGGCAGGAGCAGCUAAUCACAUGAAGGACAAGACACUGAAGACACCCCUCAUGAUGGCGGCGGAGCACAAUAAACCCAAUGUUGUACAGUACCUCAUGAAGGUCGGAGCCAGGGUGGAUGACAGGGGGGAGGAUGGCAUGACCUGCAUCCACUAUGCGGCCAAGGCUGGACACACUGAGGUCAUCAAACUACUGCUGGAGAGUGGCAAGAUUGGACCUAACACACAGGAUGACGGCGGGUGGACACCCAUCAUCUGGGCAGCGGAGUCACAGCUCACUUCCACUGUCCGAUUCCUCAUCUCACAGGGAGCAGACCCAACCAUGAAGGACAAUGAGGAGAACACAGGCCUCCACUGGGCAGCCUAUGCUGGCAGUGUUGCCAUCACAGAGAUGUUCUUGGAUUCAGGAUGCGAGUUUGACACCCCCAAUGAACAUGGAGAUCGACCAUUACAUAUAGCAGCCCGACAGAACCACUAUGAGAGUGUUGUGCUGCUGCUGGCCCGAGGUGCUGAUGUAGAAGUGCGAAACAACAAUAACGAAACUCCACUCACGUGUUGUCUUGAUCAGACGAGUAACACUUGGAUGGCUCUCAAAGUAAACAAACAGCUCAAGGGAUUUGCAGCUAAACUCACUCGACCAGAAAAGUUGCUUCAUAGAGACAUCUCCUACGGGCGGGAAAAGAACCCCAUUGCAUGUGUGAAUGCUGCAGAUGAUGAACAGUUUCCAACGGAUUACCUGUAUGUUGCUGAGAAUAUAGAAACAAGUCCUCUCAACAUCAACCGAGUCAUCACCAGCCUGCAGAGCUGCCGGUGUAAAGAUGACUGCUCCUCCCAGUUCUGUGUGUGUGCUAGAAGCAGUGUCAAGUGCUGGUUUGACAAGUUUGGUCAUCUGACAACAGACUUCAACCUGGUGGAGCCCCCGCUGCUGUUUGAGUGCAACAAGGCCUGUCGGUGUUGGACCAACUGCAACAACCGGGUGGUACAAAAUGGCAUCACUUGCCGACUUCAACUUGUGAGGACCACUGGGCGGGGCUGGGGGGUGAAAACUCUCACCGAUAUUCCUCAGGGAACUUUUAUCUGCGAAUACAUCGGUGAACUCAUCUCAGACUCCGAGGCGGACAGGAGGGAAGAUGACUCGUAUUUGUUCGACCUAGAUAACAAGGAUGGUGAGACCUACUGUAUCGAUGCCCGGAAGUAUGGAAACAUCAGUCGCUUCAUCAACCAUCUGUGUGAGCCCAAUGUAGUGCCAGUGAAGGUGUUUGUCGACCAUCAAGACCUCCGCUUCCCACGCAUCUGCUUCUUUUCAUCCCGGGAGAUCAAGGCUCAUGAGGAACUCGGAUUUGACUAUGGUGAGAAGUUCUGGAUUAUCAAAUGGAAACAGUUCACAUGCGCCUGUCAGUCACCAAAAUGCAAAUACUCCUCCGAGACCAUCCACAAGACUCUCCAGGAAUAUCGACUCCGACACGAUGAGGAAGACCCCAACAAUCCCGACAACUAAGGUCAAGGUCAACAUUAGUAAUCUUCACCUUCAACGUGUGUUUGGGAAACUGAGAAUGGCGAAAGUCAAGACACUGGUGUUUAUACUCUUUUGCAUUUAUUUGUCAGAUAAUAUUCUUUGUGUGUUGUACUAAAUCUUUAGUAUGAUGGAAUUGAGUGCAUGAAGUGCAUGGAUAAAGACUGAUCUUAUAGCGACUUCUGUCAAAUGUAACUACUAUUUCAUUGACAGGAGACAAAUGUUGUACAUUUCAUUGUUAUGAUUUAUUACAUUGUAACAGUGUGCCUGUCAAUCAUAAUGUCAUGUUGAAUGUUGAUGGUCCAUUAGAGUCUAAGUGUUGUAGGAAUGGAGCAUGUCAUUGUAGAUUAUCAUACUGACCUUCAAAUUGUAUAGGCUGAUCAGUUCAAGCUCAUCACUCAUUCUCAUAUGACAGUGUUGUUAAUUACAUACUUAGUGGAAAUGGUUAUAUACAUGUCAUGUCGUGUGACGUCAGUGUAAUUUAUUUCAAAUAUGUGCCAUUUCGUUGCUGUGUGACUAUUCUAAGAUAUUCUGGCUGUUUCAAAGUGUAGGUUGUCAAUUUCACAGAUAUGGUGUCUGCUCCCAAAUGGCCGCGUCACAUUCCAUCUGUCACUGACCCGGCCACUUUGUGUUGACAUCCAUCACCGAGACUUGGACGUCUAUUUCACGUCUGCGGUCAUAUCACCUUUCAUCCUAACACUGUCAUUUAUUGAAACAAUUGGAUAUGUAAAUUUGUGAAAUUACGAGGUUACAACUUGUGUGGGGCAGGGCUAUCAAUAACCUUACUUCCUACACAUUUGUAUGGGACAUUGUUGCAUUUGUUGUGCGUAGAUUAACCCUGCUGCUUGCUCAUUGACACAGCCAUAUUCAGCUUGUACCUGACAACACACGUCUACUACACACUAACACAUUAUAAUCCACAGACUCCCCGUCAUGCAAAUUCUAAAACAAGUGUGUAGUACAUGUGCUCCAUUUGUGAUUUAGAGCACAUGUGGAAAUACUCUGGACUAAUUUUGGUGUACGUUCACCUUUUCAUUAGACAGUGACUAUUAUGUUUCUGUAUACUCCAUGGCCUAUUUGAUGUGGGCUCUUCCCCUGAGUUGGUGUUCCCCCACUGUAUCCCACUGGCCUGUUUUGUUGUGUAGAGUGGAGAUGAUGAUGUCCCUUGCUUGAUGACAGCAGCAGCCGCAGCAGCAACUUAUCCCAGCUGUUGCAGCACAUAUAAAAAGAGUACUUCCGAACAUUACCAAUGUUUUAUUAAUAAUGUUCCUAAACAUUGCAUCUGUCAUUAUUGAGUACUCUAUAGUUCUAGCAACAAACAUGAUUUUCAGACUUAAGCAAAUAUCUGAGGGUUUCAACCAAAUUCUAUUCACCUAUUUGUAACAGUAGGUAACACCUGCCAAUAUCAAUGAAAAUCCUUACUUUUCAAACAAAUGUAAGUCUCCCUCAGGUUAAUUAACUCAGUUACACUUUCCAUAUAUUUUUAUUCAAAUAAUAGGAUGUUGAUGGAUAUGAUAGGGCAAUUUUUGCCUCCAGGAAUGGACAGAGCUGACAACAAUGGAUGUUUUCAGGAAUUAAUAAUGUUUUUUUUCACAAUUCCAGAUUGAAAAUGUUUUUCAGCAAAUUUUGAAAAUUAUUUCUUUCUCAUGUGUGGUUAGAAAAAUGUAAGACAUGUACGCUGUGAAACUGAUUUUCCUUGUCAGUAAUGAUAAUGACAGUUUAAAUUCUAACACUAUCACUAUUGAUCUUGAAGAGGUCUUUCUGUACAGGUGAUACAUAGCUAACUGGAAGGAUGCUGGGAUGAGAGCAGCCCUGUCCCUGUCUGUCGGUGUUUACCUCUGUUGUGUUAAGUUGUUAACACAAAUGUUCUUCUGUUAAGUAUGUGUAACCGUGAUGAAGAUGCCUAUGUACAUAGCCUAUAUAUCGUGUGUGUACUGUACAUGGUAUGUGUAACGUGACAACGUCAGUGGUGUUUAUCAUUGGUUUGGGAAGCAUGUUAAAGCCUGAUCUACUUUGCUUUUAGUAAUAGAUUUUAUUCACUUUUUCUUUGCCAUUGAUUUAUCUCUGACCUUUCACACACCUGCUUUCUUUAAUGAAGUGUUUACAUAUUUGAUGAAGUGUGAAUAAUCCCUACUUUCUGUUAGAACUUCACAGGCAAUGCUAGACUAUCAUCCUCGUCAUUUUUCUCAUACCAGCUGGCAGUAGAGAUAUGAAAUACCUGCUCUUAGUUGUAUUUUCAAUUAGGUCAAUUGGAAAUACUUUGUAAAUCCAGUGAACUAUAAUUUGCAGCACUCCUGAUUGUGGUAAUUUGAUACUGGAUUGCUGUGUUUUACACACAGGGCUGGACUAGAGCGUUUACAGCAAGUAAGGUUAGCAGGAGGGGUUCCUUGCCACAGAGCUGAGGUGCAUGUACAAUAAUGUAUUGUUUUGGAAGCAUAUUUUACAUAGAUAACAUCCUGCUGGAAACAGGCACAUAAAUUAAGUAAAAGUGUGAAUCAGUGUCAACUGAAUCAAUUUUUUGUGCUUUUUUUUAAUUGAUGAUUUCUUUUUUAUAAGUUAGUACUACCACUGGACUUCAUCAUAUAUGCGGGGCGGUCGGGUAGCCUAGUGGUAAAAGCGUUCGCUCGUCACGCCAAAGACCUGGGUUCGAUUCCCGACAUGGGUACAAUGUGUGAAGCCCAUUUCUGGUGUCCCCUGCCGUGAUAUUGCUGGAAUAUUGCUAAAAGUGGCGUAAAACCGUACUCACUCACUCAUCAUAUAUGCUGACUCUUUGAAGAUGCAAUUUUCAUGUUUUUUAAUCAUCUAUGCAGUUUACAUUUAUGAAUUAAAUUCCCUCAGUUAAGAGAGAGAGUGAGAAAAAAUAACAAGAAAGAUUGAAACAUGUUUACAUAAUUGUUUACAUAAAUGUUUACAUACUUAUACAGGCAGUUUAUGAAAUCAAAGAGAAUCAACAGUGGGAGUUAUUUUGUUUUGUGUCAUGGGGUUCCUGAAAAAUACUGCAUAAUGUGUAUGAAAUCUUUAGCAUCUGAAUGCAAAAUUUGCCAUAGAAAAUCAUUGAAAAAAAAUAUUCCUUUGAAAUUGUCUGCAGUGAGAAUUGCAUUUUCAUAGUGUUUCUAUAUAUGAAUAUACAUACAGUUCACUCUGGCUAAUUUGUAAUCAACUCUGGUGUGUUAGAACAGUUUCUUGUUGUUGACUUAGUCAUAGUUGACUUUCAUGUAUCCAUAGCGACUGUCAAUGAGAGGAAGGACUCUGGAAUUGCUAAAUGUCUGUUUUGUAAGAGGAGGAUGCAAAAACAUGUUAUGAGAAGUAUUUUAGGAACCUUUUAUGUUCAUGAUCUUGAAGAACCACUAUCUUUUGAUACUAAUUUGCUAUACUUGCUGUUGAAGAGAAUGUUCUUUCUUCUGUUGUUGCCUGUGGUUUUCCUGGCUACACAUUGCUGGAACCUCCAACUUUUCUGUGUAGCUGAUAGUCUGCAAAUCAGCCGUUUGUGGAGGAAAACAACAUGAUGAAAUAUUUUAAUAAUGAUGAAAUUAUAUUAUUCAAGAUUAUUGUCCUUGACUGAAACCAUUUGUUUGUCAUUUCUCAUCUUACUGCUUUUCUGUAGUGGCCUCCAGCUCAUCAAGUGAAUAAACAUCAUGAUUCCA